UUUUCAAAUCUUCAACCGCCGCAGCGGCCGGUGUGUGCCUUUCGCCUUCUUCCUCGGAGCCUUGAACCUGGCCGGGGCCCGGAAGUCCGGCUAGCGGGCCUGGUGUCUCCACCGCGCGGGUGUGCGGGUUCUGCGGAAGGGAGGCGGCUGGCGGGUCUCCGGGCCUCGGGGAGCCGUGCUUUCUCGGCCUCCCGGCCCGACGCCCUCUCCGGAUCCAGCAUGUAGGUGCCGGGCGGCUGCCAUGAACCCCGGAGCCAUGAGGAUCCACAGCAAAGGAAAUGUCCAGGGUGAAAUCCAACUCAAAAAUGAAAAAAACAGACCAUCUUUGAAAUCUCUGAAAACUGUUAACAAACCAGAAAAAUCCAAAUAUAAGCCACUUUGGGGAAAGAUUUUUUACAUCGACUUACCUUCUGUCACCAUUUCUGAAAAACUGCAAAAGGACAUUAAGGAUCUAGGAGGGCGAGUUGAAGAAUUUCUCAGCAAAGAUAUCAGUUAUCUUAUUUCAAAUAAAAAGGAAGCUAAAUUUGCACAAACCUUUGGACAAAUUUCUCCUGUACCAAGUCCAGAAUCUGCAUAUACUGCAGAAACCACUUCACCUCAUCCCAGCCAUGAUGGAAGUUCAUUUAAGUCUCCAGAUACAGUGUGUUUGAGCAGAGGAAAAUUAUUAGCUGAAAAAGCUAUCAAGGAUCACGAUUUUAUUCCUUCAAAUAGUAUAUUAUCAAAUGCCUUAUCGUGGGGAGUAAAAAUUCUUCAUAUUGAUGACAUAAGAUACUACAUUGAACAAAAGAAAAAGGAAUUGUGUUUACUCAAGAAAUCAAGCACUUCUAUAAGAGAUUUGGGGAAAAGAGUAGGUGUUGGCACACAGAAAACAAGAACAGGUAGACUCAAAAAGCCUUUUCUAAAGGUGGAAGAUAUGAGCCAACUUUAUAGACCAUUUUAUCUUCAACUGACCAAUAUGCCUUAUAUAAAUUACUCUAUUCAGAAGCCUUCCAGUCCAUUUGAUAUAGAUAAGCCAUCCAACAUCCAAAAGCAAACUCAGGUUAAACUAAGAAUCGAAAUGGAUGGCGAUAAAUGUGAUGAAAUCCCAACUCAACUCCAAUUGAAAGAGAAGAAAAAAAAAGGAUAUUGUGAAUGUUGCUUGCAAAAAUAUGAAGAUCUCGAAACUCAUCUCCUAACUGAGCAACACAGAAACUUUGCACAGAGUAAUCGCUAUCAAGUUGUUGAUAACAUCGUAUCUAAGUUAAUUUUUGAAUUUGUGGAACAUGAAAGGGACAUGCCUAAAAAGAAAAGAUUAAAAUACAGCAUUGGAUCCCUUUCUCCUAUUACUACAAAUAUCCUGAAAAAGUCUGAACCAAAAGAAAAGCUAGAAUUGCAACCUAUUUCUCAGAGAAACUUCAGGGAAAAUAAUGUACAGGUAAUCAAGCGGAGUUGUCUAUAUAAAGAAACCCAGCAACCUGAAGAGAAGCUUGUGUUUAUUUCAGAGCACAUCCCUAACCCUUCAAAUGAAUUGAGAGGACUUGAUGAGAAAACAAAUCAAUGUUCCACAUUAAAUCCAGCUGAAAAUGACAUAAGACAAAAUUUUACACAUCUAUUUCCAGGUAAAAACGGACAGGGUUGCAUUCUUGAUAUUUCUAAACGUAAAUUAAUUAUAAAUGAAAACAACUUGGAAGAAGUAAGAACAGAUCAUUGUCUGUGUAGGCUACAGACAUCUAUACAAGUUUCUAAUUUCAAUAUAGAUAAUAGUGCAUCUCAACCAAAACAAAAAUCAGAUGCUGUGCUUUUUCCAGCAAAGGAUCUGAAGGAAAAGGACCUUCAUUUAAUAUGUCAUGAUUAUAGUCUGUCAGCAAUGAACAGUUCACAGGAGCACCGAACUCUUCAGGCAAACACUUCAUCCCAAAGUUGUCUUGGGGAACCCAAUGAAUGUGACAUCAAGAAUAUGGAUAGCUUACCUUCUGGUAAAAUCUGUCGGAAAGUGAAAAUAUUAUUACGAAGAAAUAAAAAAGAAAAUCUGGAACCAAAUGUGGAUUUAGAUAAGAAAAGAACUGAGUGUCUUAUUACACAAGAGGAAAACAGAAUUUGUAGUUCACAAUCUCUACUAGACUUAUUUCAGACUAGUGAAGAGACAUCAGAAUUUUUGGGUUUCACAAACUACACCGAAAAUGGUGGAAUCUGUGAUGGUUUUGAUAUUUGGAGGGAGGAUGAUUCAAAUCUGUCAUCAAUGUUUUCCUCUUUCCCUUCAAAUUCUACAUUUACUGGCUUUUAGAUUAAAAAAUACAUAAAUUCAAAAGGGAUAAAGAUAAUACUGAACUUUUUAUAAAUAUGUAUAAAAAUUCUUAGGUUUUUUGUGAGUUUUUUUUUUUUUUGCCAACUUUGUUUACAGAACCAAAUGUAAAUGUUAACAAUAAAGGUGAUAUUUACAUUUUUCUACAGAAUUGAAUACCUAUUAUAGAAAAAUUGUAGAGUAAAUUUGCGACUCAUCUUUACUGUGUUCAUAAUUGUUUCAUAAGAAUUUGGUAAGUGCUUUAUGACGUUGAAAACUAGUGUCAAGUGAACUAUCGAGAAUAUAAAAAUGUAGCAUUAUUGCCUAGUUGCAAUGGCUCAGUGGUUGAGUGUCUACCUAUGAACCAGGAGGUCACAGUUUGAUUCCCUGUCAGGGAAGAUGCCCAGGUUGUAGCUUGAUCCCCUGUAGCGGGUGUGCAGGAGGCAGCCAAUCAAGUAUUCUCUCAUCAUUAAUGUUUCUCUCUCUCCCUCUCUGAAAUCAAUAAAAUAUAUUAAAAACAAAAAAUAGAGUCCCAUGAUAACAUGGCUGUAAAUCAGGAGUUGCUCAGAUGGGAAGCAGAAAUUUCUAGAAGGUCACAAGACUAAUGACAAAUAGGGCCACUCCUGCUUCCACCUACUGGUUCCCAGACUUAUGUAUUCUCUUAGCAGAGACAUAGCACCAUAUAAAUGUUUUGAACAUCCUAGAUUAUAUUGCAUCCUCAAAAAUAUCACCUUCGAGGGUUGCUACAGCUGUGCUAACAACUAUUACAAUACUCUGUCAUUCAGGCAGCUUCUGGGUGACAGUAUGUCGUGUAAGACCUAUGGAUCACCUGAUCAUGAAACCACUCCACCUUUUUUGUGAUUUCAGUCCCCUAGUGAAACACAAAAUUAUGUAUGAUGCCAUGCCAAUGAAUCAAACCAUCUAUCUGUAAACCCUCAAAAAGUGAUGUGAGGAAGAAAGACAAACUCACAUCUGGAAUACGCCUGUUACUAUACCUAGUAUAAUCAACUUGUCUGGUUGGUCUCACAGGAUUGUGCCAUAUCAAGAAGUCAGUGUUGGUCUCCGUUUCUGGCAGGGUGGACAAUUGGCAAUGGCAGAAACACUAGAUCAGCUUCAGUGAAUAGGAGCCCAUGCUAUUGAGCCCAUACACAACUUUCAUCCCUGCCAACAUCAUCCUUUUGCUCAUGUAUCUAUCCAUUGUGCCAACUUUUGGGUGGUGAUAAUGUGUGAUAUGAAGAUACUCUUCAUGACCAUUCCCCACGUGCCUCUACCCCUUGUAUUCAACCUUUCAAUCGUUCUCUUCCCAAACGCCUUAACAGCCAGUCAAGUAAUUUCUCCCUGCCCAUGAGUCCACAAAUACUCUAAACCUAGGCCACUUCUCUUUGCUUACAAAGGGGAUGACUAGGUACACCACUUGAAGCUCUGCCCAUUGGGAAGAUUUCCCCUUGUGACCGGUUACCAAAGCCACCCCUGAGUGCAGCUAGGAGGCAGUUGCCAUCUAUUUUCAACUUGCACCCACGGAAGCAACUAAUUCAUGAAGCAAGUCUGGGUUUUUACUCUUCAUGGCCCAUAUACCUGGAGGUGUGACCUAAGAGAGAGGACCUAGGGGAAAAUCCCAAAUGAAAUGAGGAAGCAGGAUCUGAUAUCAGGCAGAUGCUAGGUCCUCUCACCAGAGCCCCCACCUUAUGGCAGGAAAACCCCUGCCUAGACUGGCUAGAACCAGAUCAUUCCAAAAUGGAGGAAAUACCAAAGACCUGACCCCAAAGCUCAUUGUACCAUUAUUAUAAUGAAAACUGACAUCGCAAGUAGAAGUGGGGGCCAAGUGGGUGGUGAACACCAUGACACUUCCUCAAUGGACCAUAUUAGGAACUCUGCUCCCGACCUGAAGGUGGAGACAAAAUUUGGUGCCACAAAGUUCAAAAACCUGGAACUGACUGACCAUGUGCGCAACUCACUUGCAAGUUGGCCCACAUCCACUCAGAUGCGUACUUCUGCCUCUUUCACAGGCAAUGGCAGAAACACUAGGUAGGCUUUGGUGAAUAGGAGCCCAUGCUUUGUGUCUACUUGAAUAAAACUUGAUUUUG